UGGUAUUUCCAUCAUAACAACUAACAAGCCUAGAUAAAAAUACUUCACUUCCCUCCUAAAUAACUAAAAUGGCUGCUCAAAACUCCAAAAUCAUCUUCUUUUCGGCCUUUAUUCUUCUCUCCGUUGCAGUUUUCGGUUCUCAAGCAGCACUCGAUAAUCACUAUUACGAUCAAACAUGUCCACAGGCUGAGUAUAUUAUCUCACAGACAGUUCUUAAUGCUUCUAUAUAUGAUCCCAAAGUCCCUGCUCGCCUCCUUCGCAUGUUCUUCCAUGACUGCUUCAUCAGGGGAUGUGAUGCAUCGAUUUUACUGGACUCAACACCUGGGAACAAAGCAGAGAAGGAUGGACCUCCAAACAUCUCAGUCCGAGCAUUUUAUGUCAUUGAUGAUGCAAAGGCUAAGCUUGAGAAGGCAUGUCCACACACAGUUUCAUGUGCGGACGUAAUUGCUAUGGCUGCCAGAGAUGUUGUCACUAUGACCGGAGGACCUUACUGGAAAGUACUCAAAGGAAGAAAAGAUGGAAGGCUGUCAAAAGCUAGUGACACUACAAAUCUUCCACCCCCAUUCCUGAAUGCGGAUCAACUAAUUCAGACCUUUGCUAACAGAGGAUUAGGGAUUAAGGAACUAGUCGCUCUAUCUGGGGCCCACACUCUAGGGUUCUCACAUUGUGCAUCUUUUGUCGCUCGUGUCCAUAAUUUCAGCACCAUACAUGAAACUGAUCCUAGCAUGAACGCUGAAUUUGCCAGCAUGCUGAAGAAGAAAUGUUCAAGAUCAAACAAUAACGGAGAUGCAGGACAAUUUUUAGAUUCAACUGCAUCACGGUUUGAUAAUGAUUACUACAGACAGAUCAUAGCUGGAAAGGGUGUUUUUGGAACAGACCAAGUCAUGUAUAAUGAUCAGAGGACUCGAUCAAUGAUUGAGGCAUUUGCUAAAGAUCAAAACUUGUUCUUCAGAGAGUUUGCUGCCUCGAUGAUAAAGCUUGGAAAUGUGGGGGUUAACGAAGUAGGAGAAGUGAGACUGAACUGUAGAAGAAUGAAUUAAGCGUUGAUGCAGGAAUCACACGCCACAUGAGAGAGAGAGAGAGAGAUAGACAACAAAGAAGAGAGAGAGAAACUAAGUCAUUCCUUAUUUUCUUGUAUUCUUGAGAGAUGUAAUAAUGUGAGAGUUUUAUGUUGUGUACUUUGACUGCCAUAAUGCAACAUUCAUACUUUUCCUAUA